GAUAAGUAACUUUCACUGCAUACGAAGCACUUUGAAAUUUCAUGGACUUCUACUGCUUAUAAAUGUUCCUUCUUCCCGAAGUUCUUGGUGCCAUAAGACGCUCGUGAUACUCUGUUCUUGGGCUCUUCAUUGUGUAUGCAUACAUUGUUUGAUCAGUAGAAUCAGGUGCCAAGAGAAGAAAGAAAGGAAUGGAGAUUGGUAUGUCAACUAUCGGUGGAAAUGGGCAAGUUGUCGCCGAUCCUGUUCCCUUUGCCAGAAGUUAUCAAUUGGAAGCACUGGAGAAAGCACUGAAACAGAACACGAUUGUUUUCUUCGAAACUGGUACUGGCAAGACUCUAAUUGCGAUCAUGCUUCUCCGCAGCUAUGCCCACCUCCUCAGAAAGCCUUCACCAUAUAUUGCUGUUUUUUUGGUCCCGACAGUUGUCCUGGUCACCCAACAAAGUGAAGUUGUGGCGACACACACUGACUUGAAAGUGGGCAAGUAUUAUGGUGAGAUGGGUGUUGACUACUGGGAUGCUGCCACAUGGAAGGAUGAGAAGGAAAAACAUGAGGUGCUUGUGAUGACGCCCCAAAUCUUGCUUAAUGCUUUGAGGCACAGGUUUUUGAGACUCGAUCAUGUCAAGGUUUUAAUAUUUGAUGAAUGCCAUAAUGCAAGAGGCAAGCAUCCAUAUGCUUGCAUCAUGACGGAAUUCUAUCAUCGUGAACUAGCUUCAAGCACUCUGCAGCUACCUAGAGUAUUUGGGAUGACGGCUUCCCCUAUAAAGGCUAAGGCUUCAAGCUCAGCAGCAGCCUACUGGAAACAGAUCAAGGAACUUGAAACUCUUAUGAAUUCAAAGGUUUUCACAUGUCACUCAGAUUCUGUUUUAACUCAGUGCAUUCCGUUUUCAACCCCAAAAGUGAAAAUAUACAGUGACAUGGAUGUUCCUCGUGUGACAUCUGAAUGUCUCACAGAUGAUUUGAUCAAUUUGCGAAAGAAGCAUGAACUUUCUCUCAACACAACGAGUAUUUCUGAUUCCGUGGCCGAAUCUGCAAAGAAAAGAUUAGACAAGCUUUUCUCUACAUUCAUAUUCUGCUUAACAGAGCUGGGUGUUUGGUUAGCAAUGAAGGCAGCAGAGGUCUACUCUCGUGAAGAGGAUGACAUCUUUAUAUGGGGUCAGAUGGAUGCAUCCGGAAAUAGAGUUGUAAGAGCUUUCAGUUCAGAUGCAGUAAAGGUCUUCUCUGCAUCCAUUCCGUCUGGUCCAGAGUGGUCAAUUCGUUAUGAUUUAAUAGAUAACAUGAAGGCGGGCUAUCUUACAUCAAAAGUCAUGUGUCUUGUUGAGACUCUGCUUGAGUACAGAGAAAUGAAGGAUUUGAGGUGCAUAAUUUUCGUUGAGAGGAUUGUCACAGCUAUUGUUAUUUGUAGUCUGCUGAAUGAAUUGCUUCCAGGGUUCAGUGGGUGGAGGACGGAAUACACAGCAGGGAACAAUUCCAGGUUGCAGUCUCAAAGUCGGAAAGAACAAAAUGCAAUUGUUGAUGAAUUCCGCAAGGGAAAGGUUAACAUCAUUGUUGCAACCUCUAUGCUUGAAGAGGGUUUAGACGUACAAAGCUGCAACCUUGUGAUUAGAUUUGACCCUUCUGCCACGAUAUGCAGCUUUAUUCAGUCCCGGGGCCGUGCUCGUAUGCAGAACUCUGAUUUUAUACUAAUGGUGAAAAGUGGUGAUUUUUCUGCCCUUGCUCGCGUGAGGAACUAUUUGGCUAGUGGAGAUUUAAUGCGAAGUGAGUGCUUGAGCCAUGCCCAUCUUCCUUGUGAUCCACUUGAUAAUGCGAUGCAUGAUGAGUCACGGUAUGAAGUUGAAAGCACAGGAGCAAUUGUUACUUUGAGUUCUAGCAUUGCGCUGCUUCACUUUUAUUGCUCACGGCUGCCUUCUGACGGAUACUUUAAGCCUUAUCCUCGUUGUACCAUCAAUAAGGAGCUGGGAAGUUGUACGCUGCACCUUCCGAAUAGCUGCCCGGUUCAAACUAUUACAGUCCAGGGCGAAGCAAAAUUCCUAAAGCAACUUGCUUGCCUUGAAGCUUGCAGGAAACUUCAUCAAGUCGGUGCACUGACAGAUAAUCUUGUACCUGAUAUUUUGGAGGAAGAAGCAGAGGUUCAGGAAUGUGGAUAUGAACCAUAUUCAGAUGAAUGUGCAAAAUAUCUCCCUCCAGAAUUGGUUGGCUCACAUGGCAAUGUAUCUGAAACACUCUACAACUGCUAUGCAAUUGAGUUACGUCCGAACUUCGAAUAUGAUACCAAGCUUCAAGACAUUGUGCUGGCCGUUCAUACAAGGCUGGAUGAUGAUCUUGAAAGGUCGAACCUUGACUUGGAUGUUGACAGGGGAAAACUAAUUGUAAGGAUAAAACAUGUUGGAUAUGUUACCCUUAACUCUGAGCAGGUUGCCCUCUGUCAGAGAUUUCAAUUGACAGUAUUCAGGGUUCUUAUUGAUCAUAAUCUAAAUAAACUUCAUGAAGAACUCCAUGAAUAUUCUAACAGAAAUGGUUCUGUGUUUAAUUAUCUUCUUCUCCCAUCUAUUGGCUCAUACCAAAUUGAUUGGAAAUGUGUUACUGCUGUUCUAUACCAGGAAAAUGCUUCCUGGAAUUUGCGUACAGAUUGUACGAAUGGAGGUUAUGGCCAUUAUAAUGUGCGCACAAAAAACGGUUUGGUUUGCUUGUGCAUGUUAGAGAAUUCCUUGGUAUUAACGCCUCAUAACAAUUUUUUGUAUUGCAUAACUGGUACCUUGAAUGGUAUUGAUGGUAAUACAUAUCUUGAGCUCAGAGAUGGAGAAUCUUUUACUUACAAAGAAUAUUAUAAACAGAGACAUGGCAUCAACCUGCAAUUUGAACGCCAAAGCCUUCUCAACGGGAAACGUAUCUUCACUGUGCACAACUACCUUCAGAGAUGCAGAAUUCCAAGUGCAAAAGAAUCAAGCAAUAGAUCGGUUGAAUUACCACCUGAGCUUUGCCUGAUCAUCAUGUCGCCUAUAUCUGUUUCUACAUUUUAUUCUUUCUCGUUUCUUCCAUCUGUUAUGCAUCGGAUUGAGUCGCUGCUUAUAGCUGCCAACUUGAAACGAAUUCACAUGGAUCACUGCAUGCAAAAUGUUGUUAUUCCAACCCUCAUGGUCUUGGAGGCAAUCACAACAAAGAAAUGCCAAGAGAAAAUUCAUUUGGAAACUUUGGAGACUCUUGGAGACUCUUUUCUCAAGUAUUCCAUUAGUCAACAGCUCUUCAAAACAUAUCAAAAUCGGCACGAGGGACUUCUAAGUCUUAAAAGAGAAAAAAUAAUUUCCAAUGCUGCAUUGUGCAAGCUGGGAUGUGCCCGCAAGAUUAUGGGCUUUAUCCGCAACGAACCAUUCGAUGCCAAAACAUGGAUAAUACCUGGGAGCAAUUGUGCAAAUCAUAUAUUAAAGGAAGAGCUUCUUUCAUCUACAAAAGUCUACAUUGGGGGGAGCAUGAAGAUUAAAAGUAAGACAGUGGCUGACGUGAUCGAAGCAUUAAUUGGUGCAUUCCUCAGUGCUGGAGGAGAAGUAGCAGCAUUGUCCUUUAUGACAUGGCUUGGAAUCAGUGUCGACUUUGUUAAUGUACCUUAUACGCGGAACGUUGCUGUGAAUCCAGAGUUGCAUGUCAAUGUCCCACAUUUACAGUCUCUAUUGAACUAUUCAUUCCGGGAUGUUUCACUCCUGGUUGAGGCGCUAACUCAUGGUUCUUAUAUGCUGCCAGAAAUUCCAGGAUGCUAUCAGCGUUUGGAGUUUCUUGGGGAUGCAUUGCUGGAUUAUUUAAUCACAGUGCACCUCUAUCAUAAACAUCCUGGCCUAUCUCCUGGACUUCUAACUGAUCUAAGGUCUGCUUCUGUGAACAAUGACUGCUAUGCCCAAGCAGCAGUUAAGGCGGAAUUAUACAAACAUGUACUUCAUGCUUCACCAGAGCUUCACCGGCAUAUAGUUCACGCAGUCUGCAACCAUGUGGUGGUACCUUCAGCCUCAACUUUUGGUUGGGAAUCUGAAACGAACUACCCAAAGGUACUUGGCGACAUCAUAGAAUCCCUAGCUGGGGCGAUCUUUGUUGAUUCAGGGUACAAUAUGGAGGUUGUUUUCCAAUGUGUGCGGCCUCUUCUUGAGCCGUUGGUCACACCUGAAACACUGAAGCUCCAUCCAGUUAGGGAAUUGGUUGAAUUAUGUCAAAGUGAGCAUUAUGUCUUCAAGAAAACUACAGUUUGUAACCAAAAUGGGAAGGCAUGUGCUACUGUUGAAGUUGAAGCUUCCGGGGUUGUAUACAAAGAAAUGCGUUGUGAAGCAGAUAGAAAGACUGCUAAAAGACUAGCCUGCAAAGCUGUCUUGAAGUCUCUGAAAGAAAGGAUGCCUGCAGGACAAUGACCUGAGGCUCAUUUAGUUGCAUUUCCUCCCUCAGAGAGCAACUGUAAAUUUGGCGAAAAAAUCUAAUGUCUUCAGACCCUCCAAAGCUGUAGAAAGUUGUAGGCAUAUCUUUCAGCUCUGUAUAACUAAUAGCUGUUUGAUGAAGGAUACAGUGCUGAAAGAUGUGCCUUUGUUUUAAGCAAUUUCUGUGCUUUUGUCAGUGGCAAGUCUGUCCCAUUUGUAAAUUAAUUUACUUGUAUAAUUUUAUGUAGAUGAGUUCUGUUUUAUUGAAAUAAGGGCUAGUUGGAUAUGUUCAAUCAAAGGUAGACUGUUCCAUUACACAAUCUUUGUUCGAUGCCAGGUAAGAAAUGGUGACAUAACUGUAUGAUAUAAUCGAGAAAGUCUUGAAAGAAUGGGGUGCCAAUAGUUGAAUAAUCCUAUUUAUCAUCUUCUAUACGUAUUCAACUUUCACGUGGACCCUUGACAACCAGAAAAUGACUAAAUGUGAAAGUAGAACUAUAGGAAAUUAUACUGAGAGCAA